UGCGGAGGCAAUGACCCGGGGAGAGAGGGGGUCGAGGACAGUUGCAUAAUUUAGCACCUAGAGAGUGCACGCCCCCCCCACGCCGUACAGCGCAUCCUGGGAAAUAGGAAGCCCAUCCUUUCCGCUCUCACCGCCACACUUUCUGGGCUCUCUUUUCCCCCGUGUUUUGGUCUGACGUAACGUUGGUCAAGAAGAGGGUGGGAGUUAAUUCCAAAGGUCUACCACCUACUCACUCACUCACUCGCACACACACACACACGACCGUGCAACGCAAUUGCAGAACACGCAGAUCACCCAAGAAGCGGGAAAUAAAACUUAUUGGGGGGGGGAAGGAAGUGGGAAAACCACAGUCAGUCGGGUGAAGCGAAAAGAAUAGGGCAGGUUUCGUCGCAGAGAGAGGGUGGAGGUUUGCACCGACCGAUCCCCGGCUUCGGAACUCGUUGGAGGAAGGCGGCCGCUCGGAGCGGCAGUUUACACAGCAGCAGAAGCAGCACACGGUUUUGAUUUCCAAAGACUAUGGAGAAACAACAGUUGGUAUAUGUAAAGCAGGAGGGCAGCACCCCACAGGGUUCAGGUAACCCUGCUGCAUACUUUGUCAUUCUCAAGCAAGGGCCUGGAAAUGGUGGCAGUGAGACUAGCAUGGUGGUGGCCAAACAAGAACUCGGAGGUGGCAGCUGUAUUGCAGAUCAAAGGAAUGAGUCUGAGUCGGGGGCGAAUGUUCAUCCAUUUGAAUGCCGGUCUGGGAAUGCCGUUGUCACCUUGGAGAACCAGGAGAUGUGGAAUCAGUUCUAUAAGCGUGGCACUGAAAUGAUCUUGACCAAACAUGGCCGACGCAUGUUUCCAAACUGUAGCUUCUGUAUCUGCGGGCUGGAUCCAUUCCGCAAAUACAUCCUGGUAAUGGAUAUUGCUCCAGUGGACAAUAACCGCUACAAGUGGAAUGGCCGAUGGUGGGAGGUGAAUGGCAAGGCGGAACCACACGUCCUUGGGCGAGUUUACAUUCAUCCCGACUCGCCUUCCACUGGGAGCUACUGGAUGAGGCAGCCCAUCUCCUUUUGCAAACUGAAACUCACCAACAACACGCUAGACCAAGAGGGUCACAUCAUCCUGCAUUCCAUGCACCGUUACCUGCCACGCUUGCAUGUCAUCCCUGCUGACAAGCUCACCGAUAUAAUUCCCCUCAAUGGCCCAAACGUGCUCACCUUCACUUUCUCGCAGACUCAGUUUGUGGCUGUGACUGCAUAUCAGAACAUCAAGAUCACUCAGUUGAAGAUCGACUACAAUCCCUUUGCGAAAGGCUUCCGGGAUGAUGGACUCAACAGCAAGCCUAUGAGAGAUUUGAGGUACAAGGGCAGUGACUCAACAGAUGAAGGCUGUAGUGAUGAUUCUAGUUCCUCCAGGGGUGUGCCAGCUGACUCCAGUGAACACUCAAAACUGAAAAGACCCUUUUCACCUUCCGAAUACAGGAAGAUGCAGGGUAGCACCCAGGCGUCUUUGGGGCCCAGUUUUGACGGGGAAAUGUAUAAUACAGAUGAGGAAGGGGAUUUGGAAGCUGAUGUAUCAGGGAGUAAUGAAUUUAGUCUGGGAACUGGAAUUGUGAAGAAAAAGAGAACAACUGAGAGCAUUUUGAAAAGCCUCCCUAAUGUUUGUUUAACACAGCCAUCCAGUGUGGCAUCAUCUGAAGACCAGGCGCCUUUCAAUAUUAUUAUCAAGGAAGAACCACUUGAUGACUAUGAGUACUACCACACAACACACCAGGAGGGCUUUGACGGAGCUGGACUGAAAUGUAAGGAGGAAGGUGACAACGAUAGUGAUGAUGAUUCCUCAUCCAGUUAUAGUAUUCCAACGUUAGAGAGGCAGACGGAUUGGAUCCCCACUGAAGUUAAUGCUGCUAAAAACGUCACUGGCGACCUGGAUAUGCCUGCCUUGGGGGCAAAAAAACGUCCGCCGAGCAGUCCUCCGGAAGCAGUAAAGGCCAAAAUGCUGAAAACAGAGACUGGUAAAAUGCCCAUUGUUUACUUGGAACCAUGUGCUAUUACAAAGGGUACUGUCAAAAUCUCUGAAUUGCCGAAAAACCUCCUGUCACCAUGUCGAAGGAACUGGAUCCCUCUGCUCCCUCGUCCUCCCAGUCAGCCAGAGUCAGCUGGAAAAUCUGUCACUUCUCCUGGCUCUGCUGAAAAAUCCAAAGAGGGAAAUGUGAUGUCUUCUCUAGAGAAGGAUCCCAUGUCGGGAAGAACUAAGAAACGCAGGACUUCGGCAGCGGUACAGAAAUUGGCAAUUUCACGAGAUAUUCUGUCCAAAAAGUUAGCUGCAAAAGGUGAUACAUUGGCCAAUGUGGUCAAAACCAAUGCUUCUUCAAAAGCUUUCAGCUCCGGCAUUUGGAGACCUCCGACGGGGGAGGCUGAUUGUACAGAGGAGUCGACUCCAUGUUCCACCCGCACUGUUUCUCCGAGUGUGUCAGAGCACCAGUCCAAGGGGAGAACUCGUCGACGGGUCCGAAACCGAAAGCUGCGUCUGUCAAGGAAAUCGCUCUGCUUUACCUCAAAAGUAGCCCCUUCUCCAGCCUCCUCUGAACACUCGCUGGAGCACCCAGACCCCUUCCCUGAUGUUACCCCAGACCUGGAUGAUGUGGAAGGGGUUACCUUUGUGUCCUAUUCCUCUCAGGAUGCCCUCCAAUCCCAACCGGUCGAGCAGAUCCCAGAGGACUUGAAUGAUCCCACCCAUCAGACAGCUCCACAAGAAAAUGAUGGAGAGAAAAUGGCGCGACUGGAGUUAGAGUUGAUCGAGGAAUUAGCCCAGUUAGACCCCCCAGCGAUUGUGCAUCCAGCCCUCGAAGCAGCUGGUUUUAAGCUGAGCUCCUUGGUGCCAACAUUAAGCCUAGACCUGAAGCGCUUAGGGGUGGUGAUACCACCCUCACCGGCUACAGAGGUCAGAUCUGCUUUUAGGGGAGUUACCCAAAGCCCUUCAGACGAAGAGAUUCCCUUUGUGUCCAGGACCGGGAAAACCAAUGAUUUCACAAAACUGAAGGGUUGGAAGCAGAAACUCGGCCAGCACUCAGGAGUUUCCACUUCCAAAAUGACUGAAGCGAUUCCAGGUUCCAGCCUACAAUCAGCUAUGAAGAAUCGCUCUGCCUUCUUAAGUGACAAACUAGAUGAAUACUUAGAAAACGAAGAGAAAAUUAUCAAACAACGAGCUGCUCUCUGUGAUGGCAAAAUGUUACCAGUUGCGUACCGAAUGCCAAUUAAAAGUUCCAGUUACGUGCGAACGCUGGACAGCGUACUAAAGCAUCGGAAAUCCAUUGUUACCCGCAUAGGCUCCCGAUCGAAUAGAGCCUCGCCUCAGAAGCCCAGCUCAGGUGCCUCUGAAUCGAAAGCUGUUAAACACAGUGUGAAAGUGGCAAGGUCCUGCCCGGCUGGCAAAGAGCCAGGGAGGACCCCCGGAAAACUGGGGGCCGCAUCCAAAUCGCCAGUUAAAAACUCCAAGUCUCGGCUUUUGUCGACCUUCCUGAGACCACCUGGGUUGUCCAAGAAGCAGUUGAAGUUACUGGAUUUGGAGAAUAGCGCUCUCUGGGAAGGGAAACCAAGGACCUACGUGACAGAGGAGCGAGCAGAGACGGCCCUUGUGACACUGCUCACAGCACAGGGAACACUUUCAUCCAAGAACCGGCGAGUGAUCACAAAACGGCCGCCGCCAUGCAAGAACGAGUUCUGCCGCUUGGGCUGCAUCUGUGAUAGUCUGUCACACGUGAAAGAGCCGCCCGAGCAUUGCCGCAAGCCGGAGUGCAUGUUGAGCUGCAAAUGCCAGAAACACAAGGGUAUGAUAUACAAGGCACCACUUGGGAAACGGAAAAAACUGAGCAAACCGUUGCGGGGGGAUUUGAUCUUCUACGAUGCCUUAGCAGACGAUGACGAGUGGAAACCCAGAGUCAGGAAGAAGAAAAGGAAGAAGAUGGAUUAUGCGGGCCCUGAACCUGAGGAACCUGUGCGCACAUUUCCGCUGUGGAUACGCCAGGAGGGAGAGGUGGAUCCGGAGCCAGUGUACACCACACCUAACGUGGAAUCGCUUCACACUAGCAAGUGUUCCUCUGUGUCCCAGCCAUCAUCUCCAUUUAGUCCAAAAGAGUCUGGUGACUCCACAGAGGAGAACACAGUGGUGUCAACACCCUCUGACUCCUCAAAGCAUUCCGAGGCUGAAGACGAGAAGGACCCAGUGUACUUGUACUUUGAGAGCAUGAUGACGUGUGCACGAGUGCGAGUCUUCGAACGCAAGCAAGUUGAGAGGACAAUGAACUGCACCUGCGUCUCAAAGCACUCCUGUGGGCGGGAAAACAACACACCCAGUAAGGUGACUGACAGUGGAAAGAGCAGUCCAUGUAAAUUAAAGCAGCCAUCUGACAACACAGAAGGACAAUCAGAGAACUUGACAGAGAGGAGUUCAAAGUCCCCAUGCAUUGCUGAGGUACAGGCAUUGCAGGAAGCUGAGAGCACUGACCAUGCUCCUCAGGCUGAUGAUUCACCUCAGGCUGAUGGUUCUCCACAUGCUGAUGAUUAUCUUGAUUAUUCAAGUCCAGGAGAAGUAAGAGAGAAUGAAUACUUUCCAGACUCCAAGAGCGAAACCAAAUUGAUUGAGAUCAUUUCCGAUUGUGACUGGGAGGGGGAGCGUUCCAAGAUCCUCGGCGUUAUUGCCCGACAGAGUGCCAGCCUGAAAUCGGUAGAGAAAGUCAGCAUUGGAAACUUCGUUCUUGAGAUUGUAUCAAAUACUGAGAAUGAUGGAGCCUCUUUCACUCGACACGGUCCUGUUUUCAACUCCAAGGUGAAGAUAUCACAGCUCAAUGACCGAGGAAAAGAUGGGAAAUUCUCAGCUCACACAGUAUCCGUUGAGAGAAUUUCCACAUCCUCCAAGGACCAGAUUAAACGUCCACCGACUAACAGUCAACUGAUGGCUCCCAAAGAGAAGCAAUUUUUACCGAGCAUCAGUAAAUCCGGAGGGAAAGGAUUCUCAUUCUACAACUAUUUACGUUCAAAAUUCAAGGCAAAGCCCGGCGAAGUAUCCUCUAGCAAUUUGGGGAAAUGUGGCAUGAUUGAGAUUGAAGGAAACACCAGCAUACAGACAAAAUUGUUGUUGGGACACAUGGGUGCACUUCACACAGCCAAUCAAGUUGCUGCCAUUGUUGUCGGGAAACUGAGUUCAUCUCAACUGCUCGAGAAGUCAUCACUGAGUGCGGCUGUCUCCUUGGUAUUGGAUCGUCCUUCCCCCAAACAGCCGUUGUUCGCUAGCAGAAGGUCCACACGCCGCACAUCUCCUGCCGCCCAAGUAUCGCUUCAACUCGAAGAGAUCAAGACUCCACCAGCCAGUUAUACUCGCCUUGAAUUUGAUAAACUUGAGCAAAGGACAGGACCCUGCUUCACUUCAUUGCAACCAGGGGCCUCCGUACAGCAGAUUGGGAGUUCUGUGUCCAAAUCCACCAUUAUCAUCACUACUACACCAGCUGAUUCUGCUCAGUCAGCAGCAGUGUCAGCUGUAAGAACAGGAGUGUCAUUUGUAACAACUACCUCGGGCCCUACAGCUGGUCAGUCAGGCAGCAGCACAACCACCAUCUCCACUAAGUCCACUUCAUCUAAGUGUUCUGAGACUGCUGCAGUGGGGACAGAGGCUCGACAUUCCUCUGUUGUGACUGGAGCCAACAGAACUGCAGAAGACGUGACGGCUGCUGACACUGCAGGAAAAAGUACAGCACCAAUGCUGUUUGCAGUGAUUUCUGUGAGUGCCUCUGGAGUCAGGACAACACCCAUGUUAACUCCGGUGCUCUCCCCCAAUUCUGCCAGUCUGACUAAUACUGUUCCUUCAACAACCACUGUCAUGUCAUUCCUACCACCAUCAAACAAGACAACUGGAACUCAUGGAAAGCAAGAAAAUGCUCCCUUUAUUCCAGCCAUUCUGUCCAAAUCAAAGAAAUCGGCAGGGCCACGCAUGCUUCUAAUCCCGAUGCAGUCCGGCACUGCCCCUGUUAAGCCUGUCCAGAACCUGCAACUCACACCUGACCAGAAGAUUGUUCUGCAGCCCCUCCGCUGCCCAGGUGGGAACCUCUUCAAGCACCCAAAUGGUCAAAUCAUCCAGCUUGUGCCUUUACGAAUCGCUAAUCCUGGGAACCGACCCAAACUCCACCAGUUAUUUACAGCUGCCAUACGCAAUCCAGCUACAGGCUCAGUGAGUGCAGUCCGCUUUCCCACGCCAGUCAAGACCUAUGCUGUAGUCCCUCCUGCUCCUCCUGUCAAUAACACACCACCUCUUGUGGUUCAUCAAGGAACUAUACCAACAAGAGGACGCCCACGAAUUCUUCCCAAUGUUCCUCCCACUAUUGCUCCUGCUCCCACUGUUGCUCCCACUGUUGCUCCCACUGUUGCUCCUGCUCCCACUGUUGCUCCUGCUCCCACUGUUGCUCCCACUGUUGCUCCUGCUCCCACUGUUGCUCCCACUGUUUCUCCUGUUCCCACUGUUGCUCCCACUGUUUCUCCUGUUCCCACUGUUGCUCCCACUGUUGCUCCUGUUCCCACUGUUGCUCCUGUUCCCACUGUUGCUCCCACUGUUGCUCCUGUUCCCACUGUUGCUCCUGUUCCCACUGUUGCUCCUGUUCCCACUGUUGCUCCUGUUCCCACUGUUGCUCCUGUUCCCACUGUUGCUCCUGUUCCCACUGUUGCUCCUGUUCCCACUGUUGCUCCUGUUCCCACUGUUGCUCCUGUUCCCACUGUUGCUCCCACUGUUGCUCCUGUUCCCACUGUUUCUCCCACUGUUGCUCCUGUUCCCACUGUUGCUCCCACUGUUGGUUCUGCUGUUCUCUCUGUUUCUACUCCACCCCCCAGCACCAUAAUGCUAAAGCUUGCCGCUGUUCCUACAUCUGCUCCCUCCAUUGGGACACCAGUUGCGACAACAACCCCACAGGCAACGUUUGUAACUGUGAACGCAGGAGUCCAACCUAUCACCAACCAAGGUAUGGUCAAGCUUCAGCCGUGUGGUUUUGCCUUGCUGAAGUUACCCUCAACGGGCCAAAAAAUCCUGCCAACCACCAUCAUAACUUCUGGUUCAAUGAAGUUUGUGAAUCCCAUGCCCUCUGCACAUUUGGCUGAAAUGACUAGCGACAUUGGUCUGAAAAUUAAACCGGAGAGUGAUGUCUGCCUGAAGAGCAGCAGUACCCUAGGGGAAGAGUCGAUCGAGGUUGGUUUGGAAGAGAUUUGCCCGGCAGCUUCUGAGCUUAUCGAGACAACUGUAAAAGUGGAGCCCUCGGCUGAAGUUAACCCGGGAGGUGUGGCAAGCCAUACGGCUUCUUCAACACCGUCUCAUGGUGAAGUGGGCGAUGAGUUGGAAGAUGACUCAGCAGACCAGAAUUCCGAGCUGGAGAAACCAACCCCGGCCGAGCUGGUUGACCAUUCGUACACCAGCGAGAAGCUCUCAACAGAAAAGGAAACUGAGUCUCAGGAGGAGGAAGCAGAAACCAGACAGAAAUCUCAGCUUGUGCCCGGUGGAGAGGAGGCGGGGGCAGCAGUGGAGAAAGAUUGGUUGAUCAGUGAGAAUAUGGAGGUUGAAGUAAUGAGUGAAGCAGAAGAAUAUUUACGGGCAGCAACUGCCAAUGCUGCCUCUAAAUUCCGUGAGGAGAGCCUGAAAGAUUCAGGGGAUGAAGACUUUCUGGGGCUUGAGAGCGAAGAUGGGCAAGAGCAUUCGGCCACCCUGGAUUUUGAAUUGGAUCCAGAGCUUCAAAAUGACAUGGAUGAUAUGGAGGUCCCAAGUGAUGCAGAGGAUAUGUAUGAUUCGUGCUCCAAUGAUGAAGCGGUGGAUAUCGAGACGGUGGAGGAACUCUCCGAAAAGAUCAACAUUGCUCGUCUUAUCGCUUCCGCUUCCCGUCACCAGACCAAAUCAAAAUGCCAUUUCCACAAUCCGUACCUUGCAAACCAUUCCAAGGAGGAGGACUCCAAGCCCCAGGAACAGAAACCCAACGCUCACCUCAGCAAGGAGGUGAAGGCACAAUUGGAUGCUUUGGUGGUGUACCGGACAGCGCACACUGUGAACGAACGGCGAAGGCGCUUUGAGAUGAGAAACCUCUUUGAGAGAUUGAAGAGAACUCUUGGACUCUGCAAAGACCUGAAAACAUCCAAGUAUUAUAUUUUGAAACAGGCAUUUGGUGAAAUCCAGCACCUUCAGGAUGAUUGUGAUCGCCUUGCAGCUGAGAGAAGUAUUCAGACUCGCAGACGGGAUCUACUCACUCGCAAGGUCGCCCUCAUGACAGGAAAGACCGAGGAGGUCAUUUUGAAGAAGCUGGAAUAUAUUUGCGCUAAGCAGAGAGCGCUGGAUGUUCAGAAUAAAAGCAGCCACUCGCAGCAGGAAGGGGGCACACCAAGGCCACGUCAGGGCAGCUGGAAAGAAGCACAGGGCUCGCCCGCACCUACGGACUCUCUCCAGCAGGUGGCAGCGGACCUCCAGUCCCAGAAGCCUCCCAAUGUCACCGUACUUCCAAGUGAAAAGAGAGUGGACGUUGGCACCCACAAACCCCUUAUUCUCAGCAGAAAGAGAUUGCUGCCCACUCCCAGUUCUUCUGUUUCUCUGGCUCCUGGCAGUUUGCUGAUGACAGCACAGGGUCAGGUUCUGACUCUGAAAGGCUCUAUUUUACCUGGUCACUCUGUCUUCUCAGCUGAGAGAAUCAUACCCACGGCCCCGAUGGUACCACCCAGUGUUCCCAUGUCAGGGAUUCCAGGCAUUGCUUCAGUUACAAUCCAACUCCAAAGCUUGCAACUUCCACUUCAGGUAAACAACUUGGCCGUCGCCACUCACUUGCCGCUCAGUUCACCAUCGUUGCCCUCAACAAUCCUCACUCCUGCAGUGGGUGUAACGAGAGUUCAUUCAGUUGAGUCAGCACGGCAAAAGGUAGCCCAACUGCAAUCCGAAGAAGAUGAUGAAGCAUCUUCCUUCAUGAUGCCUAGAAUCGUGAAUGUUACGUCGCUCGCCUGCUCAGAAGACCCUUUCUUGGAUCUGGAACUGGGGGGUGAAGAGUUGAGCCACUCCACAGAGCCUCUGGACUUCAGUAUGAAAUGGAAGAAACAGCCUGUCUCACAAGGGCAGAGUAGUUCCACCACUGGGAGAGCAGCCACCUCAGAAUCUGAGAAUAAAUCCCGGAGAGCUAAGGAGUUUCGGGAAAGGGAGUCCGGACCAAUUCUCAUUGUGCCUCUGGAUCCAUCAGAACCUAUCCAUCUGCAAACCGAGGAGACUGCAACCUCCCGCAAGCUGAACGCUGGCAUCAGUGACGCAUCCAAGGCGUUGGAUCUCUCUGGUUUGCCUGGCGGAGACGUAGAGUCUUGUGCAAGGCAAAAAUGGACUGAAAAGGCAGGUUCAAGCAAGUCCCCGUCUAUCACUGAAAUGUUACUGGGAGAUAAACUGGAAGUUCAGGCAAGGGUGCACGGCUGCAGCGCAGAGAAAGCUGCUGAGCAGGACAGCACACAGGACACAGAACUGGAUUCUACGUCCUCUCAGUUCGGAGAACCGCUCUUAAAAGCUAAUGGAGCUACAGCUGGCGAGAUGGUGGACACUGAGGGGUAUGAAACGUUUACCUCACUGUUGAACGAGCUCGCCUUUUUAAACCAGCACUUCUCUGGUGAUGAGGACAACCCCGAGACGUCUUCUCUGUCUGACCACCAAGCACUGAACUUCAUCGAUGGCUCAAACCAUGAGGACAGCAUUGAUGAACUGUCCCUGAUCCACGGUCCGAUCAGGUUAAUAGAUGUCGACAGCUCGGAUGGAGGCACAGAUUUGAAAGCGGGGCAGGAGAGUGGGGGAUCUUCAAGUCCUCUUGUGCUGCAGCUGGAAGGAGAGGACUUGAGCGUCGAGCACUUGCUUGGCAGUGGGUUAGCAGGUGAUUCGCAAAAUGACCUGCAUCAUGGUGUGCUGGAUUUCGAAGGAGAUCCCACUGGCGUCUCUGGUGAUGUGAACAAGCCCAUGAACGUUUCACCUCCCCCGCUUGUUCAGAUGAGACCAGCCUCACCCUCCAGCACAGAAGAGCUGACCAACACCUCCCCCGACCUGCUGUGGAGGCCGAUGCCUAAACUGGCGCCUCUUGGCUUAAUCAGGGUUCCCGGGAAAGCCGAGGCUUCAAGUCCAUCGGUGGCCGAGGAUUCCCCGGGAAGUAACAAGCCCAUGCCAGCACUGGCACGCAUUUCAUCUCCGCAGAGGAGAAGCACGGAGAGCCCAGGCAGUGAUUAACCAGAUCCCUACCACAGCAUAGUCUGACAAGUAUUGCUGCAAACUGCUGCUUACUCUCCUUCAGGUUUUUUUUAAAUAUGUAUCCUAAUUGCCAGUGUAUGAGUAUUAUGGACGUACUGAUACUUUACAGAACACAAAAGAAUAUAAUGUUAAAUCUCUCUAGUGGGGAGCUUGAAUGUGGACUUGAAACAAAGGCAGGAAUGAAGAUGAAGAAAAUGACAUUGGAGUUUGUGCUGAUCAUUUUUUCUCAAUGCGAUCGAGUGUGUUUCAAGUCACCAAAUAAUGGCUCUAUACUGGUUAUACAGUGUCCAGCGCGGUCCAGCAUGAUGCUAUGAAGAUCAGUGGUGACUGAUCGAAACGAGAUUAUUUGCAGAGAGCAAACUUCCGAGCUUGGUUUUUGUGAUUUUCGUCGAAAUCAUUUCUGACUAUUUUUGUACAGUUCCGAAACUUGUGCAAACUUCAGCUUGAAGCUCUGAGCAUUACUUUGAGAAAAAAAACCACACCUUUUGUAUGUAGUUUGUAUAAUAAAGAGUAUCUGUCUUUUGUUUUCUAUAGCAAUCUAUAGUUUAAACUGGCUUUGACCCAGCAGCUUUGUUAAUCUAAUACUCUUGUGAGGUAGCUGAGGGGUGUUGCUGUAAUUCUCUAAACACAAGGCUUUCUUUGCUGGCUUUUCUACUACAAUGAGAGAAAUGAAAUUCUGAACCGGCUGUUGUGUGUAGAGACCUGAUGAAAUUGAAUGCAUUAUGUGGAGUUACAAAAAGUUGGCUGGAAGAAAUUCAGUCUGUUUUGGACGAUGAUGUGUAAAUACUGUAUCUCAGAAUGUGAUUUUUAAAUAAUGUAGUCUGUUUUUUUUUCCUUUCCUCCCCCUCUCUCCCUCUGAGAUCCCACUAUUUUUUUAGGAAACGCACACUGCUAACAGACUUGUUAGAACCUCCUAGUAUUGUGGUAAGGGGAGACGUGUGGCCUUGCAAUAAAACUUAAUCAAACAAGGAUAUUUUGCUUGUUUUUAA